UUCACCAAAGAGGAAAUGACAAAAUAUCUGAGAUUCAAACACCGCAGGGGACUGACCCUGCUGUGCGUGCUUCUGGGGACGCUGUGCAAGACUGGAUCCGGGCAGAUCCACUACUCAGUGCAGGAGGAGCUGGACAAAGGCUCCUUUGUGGGCAACAUCUCCAAGAACCUGGAACUUGAGCCCUGGGAGCUGGCGGAGCGUGGAGUCCGCAUCGUCUCCAGAGGUAGGACACAGCUCUUUGCUUUGAACCUGCAAAGCGGCAGCUUGGUCACGGCAGGCAGGAUAGACCGGGAGGAGCUCUGCGCUCAGAGCGCACUGUGUCUGGUAAAAUUUAACAUCCUGGUUGAAGACAAAUUGAAAAUUUUUGAAGUAGAAAUAGAAAUUAAAGACAUUAAUGAUAAUGCUCCUGAUUUUCUAACAGAGGAAUUGUUAAUAAAAAUUGGUGAACUAACGGCUCCUGGAACUCGAUUUCCACUUAAGACUGCAUUUGACCCAGAUGUGGGCACGAACUCCCUUCAGAACUACCACCUCAGCCCCAAUGACUACUUUUCCCUGGCUGUGAAGCAUGUCUCUGAUGGGGCCAAGUACCCAGAGCUGGUGCUGGAGAGGGCUCUGGACCGUGAGCAAAAGAAAGUUCACCAGCUUGUCCUCAUUGCUUCUGAUGGUGGAAACCCUGUCCACUCUGGCAACUUGUGCAUCCAAGUGAUAGUUCUGGAUGCAAAUGACAACCCACCAGUAUUUACUCAAACUGAAUAUCAAGUAAGUGUUCCAGAGAACUUGCCAGUGGGUACCACGCUGCUCACGGUAAAUGCCACUGACCCUGACGAAGGAUUCAAUGCUCAAGUGUCCUAUAUUCUAGAUAAAAUGCCUGGAAACGUCGCUCAGAUGUUUGAUCUCAAUUCAGUGACUGGAGAUAUAUCAAUUUUAAAAAGUCUAGAUUAUGAGGAUGCUACAUUUUAUGAAAUUAAAAUUGAAGCACAAGAUGGACCUGGUCUCCUUUCAAGAGCUAAGAUAUUAGUCACAGUUCUGGAUGUGAAUGACAAUGCCCCAGAAAUUAUAAUCACUUCUCUUACUGGAUCAGUCCCAGAAGAGGCUACUGCUGGAAGAGAGAUUGCCCUUAUCAAUGUGCAUGACCGGGAUUCUGGGCAAAAUGGGCAAGUCACAGUUUUUGUCCUGGGAAAUAUGCCAUUUAAUUUAGAAAAAUCAAUAGACCAAUAUUACCGCUUAAUGACAGCCAGAUCUCUAGACCGUGAACAGGUGUCUGAAUAUAACAUCACUCUCAGAGCCAUAGAUGGAGGAAAUCCCCCACUGUCCACGAGUACUCAUAUCACUCUGCAUGUUGCAGACAUCAAUGACAACCCACCUGCCUUUAGUCAGUCCUCCUACUCUGCCUACAUUCCUGAAAACAACCCCAGGGGAGCUUCCAUCUUCUGUGUGACUGCCCAGGAUCCCGACAGUAUCCACAAUGCCCACAUCACUUAUGCACUGACUGAGGAUACUAUCCAGGGAGCGCCUCUCUCCACCUAUGUCUCCAUCAAUUCUGACACUGGUGUCCUGUAUGCGCUCCGUUCCUUUGACUAUGAGCAGGUUAGAGACCUACAGCUAUUGGUGACAGCCAGUGACAGUGGGAACCCUCCACUCAGCAGCAAUGUGUCAUUGAGCAUAUUUGUGCUGGACCAGAAUGACAAUGCGCCGGAAAUCCUGUACCCCGCCCUCCCCACCGACGGUUCUACCGGCGUGGAGCUGGCGCCCCGCUCCGCAGAGCCCGGCUACCUGGUCACCAAAGUGGUAGCGGUGGACAGAGACUCGGGCCAGAACGCCUGGCUGUCCUACCGCCUGCUCAAGGCGAGCGAGCCAGGGCUCUUCGCGGUGGGGCUGCACACGGGCGAGGUGCGCACGGCGCGGGCCCUGCUGGACAGAGACGCGCUCAAGCAGAGCCUGGUGGUGGCGGUGCAGGACCACGGCCAGCCCCCUCUCUCGGCCACCGUCACGCUCACCGUGGCCGUGGCCGACAGCAUCCCAGCCGUCCUGGCCGAUCUGGGCAGCAUCAGGACCCCCGCCGACCCAGACGAUUCGGACCUCACGCUGUAUCUGGUGGUGGCGGUGGCGGCAGUCUCGUGCGUCUUCCUGGCCGUUGUCAUCGUGCUGCUGGCGCUCAGGCUGAGGCGCUGGCACGCGUCGCGUCUGCUCCAGGCUUCCGGAGGCGGGCUGGUGGGCGUGCCGGCCUCGCACUUUGUGGGCGUGGACGGGGUGCGGGCUUUCCUGCAGACCUAUUCCCACGAGGUCUCCCUGACCGCGGACUCGCGAAAGAGUCACGUGAUCUUCCCCCAGCCCAACUACGCGGACACGCUCAUCAGCCAGGAGAGCUGUGAGAAAAGUGAGUCCUUCCUGGUAUCUCAAGAUUUACUGCAAACGAAAGGAGACCCCAACCUACUUCAGGUAAGUUUAUUUCUUUCUUGA